AUGCCCGCCAUGCCAUCAGCUCAGCCGCCCGCAUCUUCCCCGCCUCGAUAUAGCAAGCACAUCGUCUUGACGACGUAUCCCGGCCAGAGCGGCAUUGACCCCGUCCCGCUCGAAUGGGGUGCUCCCGACGCCAAAGCCCGGGGCCCCGUGGUUGUCUCACGCAGCGGCAAUCUUCUGAAACGCCGCAAUGCGAUCGGCGCCCACGGUGGCAGCUACAGCAUCUAUAAUGCCCUGGCGGUGGCAGCGGGUGAUCUGGAUGCAGACUUCCGUCCAGACUUCCAAAACAGCGAGCCCACCUUCAAUUUCCCCUCGCAGCCGGCCUGGGCUGACAAGGAGAAGAUUGUGUCGAUGGACCCCUAUGGACAUGAUGUCGUCAAACGAUUCCGUGAAGAGCUCGAUGCCGGCUGGGACAUCCGGCCCACUAUGGCCGUGACCCGGGCGAACAUGAAGCUGGCGGAGAUUGGCGAGGCUAUCCGGGAUGGUCAGCUCGAGGUGGAUGGCUCAAUUGUUGUCGACUCAUCAGGUGAAGUCCGGGUAUCCAAGGUUGCAGUCGAACCUGUCUGGUAUCUGCCCGGUGUGGCGGACCGCUUUGGGGUUGACGAAGGCACUCUCCGUCGGACUUUGUUCGAGCACACUGGUGGAAGUUACCCCGAGCUCAUCACUCGCCCAGACCUCAAGAUUUUCUUGCCCCCAAUUGGUGGUCUGACAGUGUACAUCUUUGGGCCCCCCGAACGUGUGUCCGACGAGAAUGUCAAGCUGGCCCUGCGCAUCCACGAUGAGUGCAACGGCAGCGAUGUCUUCCAGUCCGACAUCUGCACCUGCCGUCCCUACCUGGCCUUUGGCAUCCGCGAGGCCAUCCGAGAGGCACAGAGUGGUGGCAGUGGCGUGGUCAUCUACUUCCGCAAGGAAGGCCGCGCGUUGGGAGAGGUCAUCAAAUACUUAGUCUACAACGCUCGCAAACGUGGCGGCGACACUGCCGAUAAAUACUUUACCCGGACCGAGAACAUUGCUGGAGUGCGCGAUAUGCGAUUCCAAGCUCUCAUGCCAGACAUUCUCCACUGGCUCGGUAUCAAGAAGAUCGACCGCAUGCUGUCCAUGUCUAACAUGAAGCACGAUGCCAUUGUCCAAUCCGGGAUCAAGAUUCUCGAGCGCAUCCCCAUUCCCGAAGAUAUGAUCCCCAGUGACUCGCGGGUCGAAAUCGAUGCCAAGAUCAAUGCAGGUUACUUCACCACGGGCAAGCAGUACACGGAAGAGGAGCUGAAGCAGGUCCGUGGGCGUGGCUGGGAGAAGUGGGAAGACAUAUCAGUAAGUGGAUGA